CAUGAUUCUUUUAGCGAUUUGAGAAAACGUGGAGGGGUGAAGACACCGCAUUCAGUGAGAAAACAAGUUUUAACUCACAACCAGAGUUUCCAAAAAGCUCGUAAAAAUGAUUAGGGGCUUGCUCAACUCAAGUAGACUUGCAUCUGCUGUUGCAAAAAGUAGUUUCUCUGGUAGUGUAGCAAAACACGGAUGCCUAUGUCAGAAUGUCUCAAGUUACUUGUACAGAACAUAUGCGUCUGAAGCAGUCAGGGGAAAUGUUAUUGGAAUUGAUCUUGGAACAACAAACUCUUGUGUAGCUGUAAUGGAAGGGAAAACCCCAAAAGUUAUAGAAAAUGCAGAGGGUGCAAGGACCACACCCUCAGUUAUAGCCUUUAGUAAUGAUGGGGAGAGAUUAGUCGGUGCCCCUGCUAAGCGUCAAGCAGUAACCAACUCAGCUAAUACACUUUAUGCUACAAAGAGAUAUAUUGGAAGGAGGUUUGAUGAUAAAGAGGUUCAAGCUGACUUGAAAAAUAUGGCAUUUAAAAUUGUAAAGGCUUCCAACGGAGAUGCCUGGUUUGAAGCUCAAGGAAAAGUGUAUUCUCCAAGCCAAAUUGGUGCAUUUGUCCUGGUGAAGAUGAAGGAAACAGCAGAAAGCUACCUUGGGUCAAGUGUAAAAAAUGCAGUCAUUACAGUUCCAGCAUACUUCAAUGACUCUCAAAGACAGGCAACUAAAGAUGCAGGUCAGAUUUCUGGUUUGAACGUUCUGCGUGUGAUUAAUGAGCCAACGGCUGCAGCCCUUGCUUUUGGCAUGGAAAGAAGUGAUGACAAAAUUAUUGCAGUUUAUGAUCUUGGAGGCGGGACUUUUGAUAUCUCAGUCUUGGAGAUCCAAAAGGGAGUUUUCGAGGUCAAAUCAACGAAUGGCGAUACAUAUCUAGGAGGCGAAGAUUUUGACAAUGCUCUCCUUAAACACUUGGUGGCUGAAUUCAAGAAGGAUACUGGAAUCGACAUAACUAAGGACAACAUGGCCCUGCAGAGGUUGAGGGAAGCGGCCGAGAAAGCAAAAUGCGAAUUGUCAUCUUCACUUCAGACUGACAUCAACUUGCCGUACCUAACAAUGGAUGCAAGUGGCCCAAAACACAUGAAUCUGAAGCUCAGCAGAGCGAAGUUUGAAAGUCUUGUAGCUAACUUGGUUGAAAGAACAAUACAGCCUUGUAAAAAGGCUGUGCAAGACGCCGGCAUAAAGAAUUCAGAAAUCGGAGAUGUGUUGCUUGUUGGUGGCAUGACUCGUAUGCCAAAGGUUCAAGACACAGUGAAAGAAAUAUUUGGUCGUGUUCCAAGCAAAGCUGUGAACCCCGACGAGGCUGUCGCUAUGGGAGCCGCUAUUCAGGGAGGUGUUCUUGCAGGAGAAGUCAAGGACAUUCUUCUUUUGGAUGUGACGCCUCUGUCUCUUGGAAUCGAGACCCUUGGAGGAGUUAUGACAAAACUUAUUCAGAGAAACACAACUAUCCCUACCAAGAAAAGCCAGGUAUUCUCGACUGCGGCUGACGGUCAGACUCAAGUGGAAAUCAAAGUGUUCCAAGGCGAGCGUGAAAUGGCAUCGUACAACAAACUUCUUGGUCAGUUUACGCUGGUUGGCAUCCCACCUGCCCCACGUGGGGUACCCCAGGUUGAGGUCACAUUCGACAUCGAUGCUAAUGGAAUCAUGAACAUCUCAGCACGAGACAAGGGAACUGGCAAGGAGCAGCAGAUCGUUAUUCAGUCGUCAGGUGGACUUAGCAAAGACGACAUCGAAAAUAUGGUUAAGGAAGCAGAGAAAUAUGCAGAAGAGGACAGACAAAGAAAGGAUAUGGUCGAAAUUGUAAAUCAAGCCGAAGGCGCCAUUCACGAUAUUGAAACAAAAAUUGAAGAAUACAAAGAUCAACUUCCAUCGGAAGAGGUUGAUGCCCUGAGGACUGAAAUCGCAAACGUGAGGGAAAAGGUAGCAAAUAAAGAUAACGAGACGGUUGAUGACAUCCGCGAAGCUUACCAAGCGCUCCAACAGAAAUCAUUGAAAUUGUUCGAGAUGGCCUACAAAAAGAUGGCUGCUGAUCGAGAAAGUGGGAGCAGUCAAAGUUCGAGUGAUUCAGAAAAGAAAGAUGAGCAUUAAGAUGCCUAAUGUUUUGUGGCGAGGCAAAUAAACAGAGCUGGCAGGACAUCAUAACGCGUUUGACAAAGGACAGAUAUAGGGCGUAGUUUUGUGUGAUUCGACUAGACUUAUAAUGUCAAGAUGUUUAAAUGUCAUAUUUAAAGAAUUAAAGCCCUGUAAGGGGAAAUGACUGUUACUUGUAACUAAUCGCCGUUGUCUAUGUUUAACUGAAUGGUUUCGGUAUAAAAAAAACAAGAAGGAAGUCUUCAGUGGUCACCACUUCCAUAUUUGCAUCAUCUGCACAUCCCCGGUACACAUCCCCGGUAACCAAACAGGAAUGUCAUACUGUCAUUGUCCUUGUUCGAACAAAAUUAUUCCAUUUCGAACAAUUAUUCUUGCCAAAGGCCAACUUUUGGUUAUUCCCUGAAUUUCGCUUGUUUUAUAGCUUGCAAUAUUCUAACGCGUAUGCCUCAAAUACCUCAAAUACCCCAAAUGACAUUGUUUUUAUAGUGUUACCUUGAGCUUCUUUAAGAGUUAAUACUUUCGUUGUGCCGCGGUUCUGUUCGAUAUGCUGUGUGUUUACGUCUGUUAUGUUUUGUCAAUUUGCUGCAAAAGACAGUCGUGUAUUAAUGUAAUCUAAGUGGAAAAUGUUUGAUCAAUCGUAUUACGGA